AUGACACUAUACCUUGAGGGUGUUGAUAGUCAAUAUCUCUCAAUCCUCAAGGAUGGACCCAUUGUUCCUAAAGUAUGGCUUCGUCAUGGAAAGAGCAAAGACGAUGGUAACUCUUCAAAUGAUUCUAAUGAUGAUGAAGAGAAAUCUGACUCUACUAGAAGGUUCAUCAUCAAAGAUCCUUAUCAGUACAAUGAAGACGAUAAAAGAAAAGUUUCCUUAGAUACCAAGGUAAGGGCUAUCAUUGCCCUCUCUCUUCCUGAUGAUGUCUUCCAUUCCCUGGUAAACCUCUCUACUGCCAAGGACAAGUGGAACACUUUAUGUGUUCUGUAUGAAGGAACCAUUGAAGUAAAGAAAAGCAAGAAGAUUGGCCUUGUUAGGCAAUAUGAGCUCUUUGUGCACGGGAAAGGUGAAUCUCUCACUGAGUAG